AUGACAAAUGUGGUUGAAAAUAAAACUACUUAUUUGACUGAUGAUGAAAGUUAUAAGGGAAUUGAUUUUGAGGAUGUUAAGGAAAAGUUUAAAGAAUUAACUUUAGCGGAAGGCUAUUUAGAAGUUUUUAUUAGUCAAAGGUUAUUUUCUGAACUUGAAGGAAGAGUAGGAGACAAGCAACAAAGAGAAAUUCAAGAGACUAAGUUAUAUUUAGAACAAGAGAUUACUCGGUGUGAAAAAUUAUUAGGUAAUGAGAGUUUUGUAAAGAAGGCUCCCCCAGAGUUAGUUGAAAAAGAGUCCGAGAAGUUAAAGAAUUCUUCUGAUUUGGAGAUAGGCGAUUAUAGCGGCGACCAAGAUAGAAUAUUUUAUCUCUAUUCGGACGAAUUAAAAAGCAAGUUAAACAAGAUUAUUCAAAAGUUAAAAAAACCAGAGGAAGAUAUUCUUCCUCCGCAGAAAGAGGCUAUUUAUCAAAUGGCAAAAAGAGGUAAAGAACAGGAAAAGAACGGUUUCUUAGUUUAUGAAGGAGCAGGUGAGAUACACUUUACUUCCACCCUUCCAUCUUUCUUUUUCGGUGAUAUAUCUUUAAAGGAAGAAAGUUUAAUAUCCCGAUUUAAAGACAAGAUAAGACAAUCCCGUGCCUUGGUUUGCAAGGAGAUUAACCAAGCCAUUAUCGAAACUAAACUCAAUUUUUUGGAUUUAGAAAUCAAUUAUUUAGAACUUUUGCCUGUUAACUGUCGGUGUGAGGUAGAAGUUAACUUGGAUGGAACUUUAAAAAAUCCAGGCCUUUGGCAAAAUCAUGUUGAAAAUUGCCUGGGUCGGACAGAGGAAGAACUUACUGAAUUUAAAAAGCAAAUGUUAGCCCAAAUUCAGCAAGGUAAAAAUAGUUUUGAUAGUUGUGUUAGUUCUAUUAUUAGUGAAAUAAAAGACCUUUGUAAAGAAAAAGGAGUAAAAGAAAAUUCUAUUUGGACUACAAAAAGUAUUGAAAGGUUAGCCAAAACUUCAGAUGAAUCAACCAAGGAAAAACUUCGUCGUGAAAACCAAGCCAAAGCUGAUCGUUUGGAACGAGAGCGAUUAAGUAUUGAUGAAGUACGAGAAGAAGUUCAAAAAACCAUUAAACAAUUCUUAGUUACUAACUCAUUACAAAAUAGUGAUUUACCGGAAGAAAUAGUUGAGGAGAAGAAAGUGACAGAGCAAAAAAAACCUAAUUCUGAGUGGGAAUUUUUAUAUUGGGGAGGACCAAUGCCUACUGUUAACCAGUUAGUUAAAAAUAUUCGUACACCAAAAAAGAAAAAAGGGAGUGUAAAAAAAGUUGGAGUAACUAAACCCAAGAAGCCAAAUUCAGCUAAUCGCCCUUACGUUAGAGUAGUUUUAAAAAAUAAAAAAGAAGUUACUGUUUAUGUUCCUGGCGAAAAACACAAUUUGCAAGAAUAUUCUUCAGUAUUGAUUGCGGGAGGAGGAGCGCAAGAUUUACCUGGUGUGAAGUAUCAUGUAGUAAGAGGUUAUUCGAGGGGUGAUGCGAAAGGGCCAGAUGAAAAUUUUUCUUCAGUUAUUGUGAGCCAAUUAAUUAACUAUGUGAUGAGAAAGGGAGAAAAAAGAAUAGCGACAAAUAUAGUAUAUCGUGCAGCAACUGAAGUAGAAAAAAGUACUUCAAUGCCCUUUUUAACUGUUUUGGAAGGAGCGAUAACUAAUGUUAAGCCUAGUUUAGAAACUAGAAGUAGAAAACGGGGAGGUUCUACUCAACGAAUACCGGUAAAAGUUGAAGAAAAACGUGCUUUAACUUUAGCUUUACGUUGA